AUGAUCCACCGCGAAGUAGCCGAUGGUCUAGAGCGUCUUUGGAACGUAAGAGUAAACUGCAUAUGGGAAGCCGAUGAAAGUAGUCGCCAUGGAGAGGUUUAUAUAUUCGACCAUGUAUUUAAUCAGGAAUGUACAAAUUCAGAUGUAUAUGGAUCUGUAGUAAAACCUUUAGUCGAUUCCUUCAUGGAAGGUUUCAAUGCCACAAUAUUUGCAUAUGGCCAAACAUCUUCUGGCAAAACACACACCAUUUUGGGCAAUAAAACAGAUCCUGGGCUUUUCCAAUUAGUAUCCAAUCAGUUAUUCCAGCAUGUGGCAGACCAGGUUGAUAAGAGGUACUUGAUUAGAUGCAGUUAUAUUGAAAUCUACAAUGAAAAGAUCAAUGACCUCCUGGAUAAGAGCAAUCAGGGUUUAACUAGAGAAGAUAUCAAAGGAAAUGUGCUGCUUGAUGCAAGGGAAGCUGUCGUAGACAAUGUUGAUAAAGUUAUGGAGAACAUGAUGCAGGGCAAUAAGAUCAGACGAGUUGCAGCUACUCGCAUGAAUGAGAGGUCAUCUCGAUCACACACGAUUUUCCGGAUUAUUCUGGAGUCGAAAGAUGCCAAUCAGAAAGAUGGACCUGUACAUAUAAGCUACCUUAACUUAAUGGACUUAGCUGGUUCUGAGAGAGUUUCUCUGACGAAAGCUGCUGGUGAGCGUCUUAAAGAGGGGGCUAACAUAAACAAAUCUUUGUCAGUAUUAGGAAAUGUGAUAAGGCAACUAAGCGAGGGGAAGGAGUUUAUCAGUUAUCGCGAUUCGAAAUUGACUAGACUGCUCUCACAGGCUCUUGGCGGUAAUGCCAAAUCAUUGAUUAUCGGGAAUAUCAGACCAAUGAUCCACCCCGAAGUAGCCGAUGGUCUAGAGCGUCUUUGGAACGUAAGAGCAAACUGCAUAUGGGAAGCCGAUGAAAGUAGUCGCCAUGGAGAGGUUUAUAUAUUCGACCAUGAAUGUACAAAUUCAGAUGUAUAUGGAUCUGUAGUAAAACCUUUAGUCGUUUCCUUCAUGGAAGGUUUCAAUGCCACAAUAUUUGCAUAUGGCCAAACAUCUUCUGGCAAAACACACACCAUUUUGGGCAAUGAAACAGAUCCUGGGCUUUUCCAAUUAGUAUCCAAUCAGUUAUUCCAGCAUGUGGCAGACCAGGUUGAUAAGAGGUACUUGAUCAGAUGCAGUUAUAUUGAAAUCUACAAUGAAAAGAUCAAUGACCUCCUGGAUAAGAGCAAUCAGGGUUUAACUUUAAGAGAAGAUAUCAAAGGAAAUGUGCUGCUUGAUGCAAGGGAACCUGUCGUAGACAAUGUUGAUAAAGUUAUGGAGAACAUGAUGCAGGGCAAUAAGAUCAGACGAGUUGCAGCUACUCGCAUGAAUGAGAGGUCAUCUCGAUCACACACGAUUUUCCGGAUUAUUCUGGAGUCGAAAGAUGCCAAUCAGAAAGAUGGACCUGUACAUAUAAGCUACCUUAACUUAAUGGACUUAGCUGGUUCUGAGAGAGUUUCUCUGACGAAAGCUGCUGGAAAUGUGAUAAGGCAACUAAGCGAGGGGAAGGAGUUUAUCAGUUAUCGCGAUUCGAAAUUGACUAGACUGCUCUCACAGGCUCUUGGCGGUAAUGCCAAAUCAUUGAUUAUCGGAAAUGAAUGUACAAAUUCAGAUGUAUAUGGAUCUGUAGUAAAACCUUUAGUCGAUUCCUUCAUGGAAGGUUUCAAUGCCACAAUAUUUGCAUAUGGCCAAACAUCUUCUGGCAAAACACACACCAUUUUGGGCAAUAAAACAGAUCCUGGGCUUUUCCAAUUAGUAUCCAAUCAGUUAUUCCAGCAUGUGGCAGACCAGGUUGAUAAGAGGUACUUGAUUAGAUGCAGUUAUAUUGAAAUCUACAAUGAAAAGAUCAAUGACCUCCUGGAUAAGAGCAAUCAGGGUUUAACUAUGAGAAGAUAUCAAAGGAAAUGUGCUGCUUGA